UUAUCGCAGCAAUUUUUUCAAUUCACUUAAAAAUGCAAUUGCUGACGGCGUGACCUUAUCGGAUUAUAACAUAAGCUAAUUUAUUAGUUGAUUGUUACACGCGGAAGUAAUGACACCAAUUCUCUUAGUACUGUGUCUAAUUUUCCAAUGCGGUUCCGCAUUCAUGGAUAUACCGGUACGUGAUCUACCCGAUGCAAUCAGAGACGAAUUUGUUAAGAUAUUCAUGCAAACUCUUAACUUUUUCCAUACAUGUAAUUCUAGCGACACACAAGAGGUGCAGUAUCUGCUUUACAACGGAAAACACCUAAAGCAGCCGGUAGUAUUAGAUCCAAAGGCGCCCGCGGAGGUGGACCAAGAAAAACCAACAGUUUUUAUAAUACACGGUUGGCUAUCCAGCCCAAAUUCGUCUAGUUUUCCAAUGAUUCGCGACGCUUAUUUAACGAAACACGAUUACAAUGUGAUAAUGGUCGAUUGGGCAAAAACGACGCAAACGGCUUACACUCACGCGUACUGCGCCCUUCCGAUAAUAGCGAAACAGGUAGCGCAACUCCUGUGCCUGCUGGAUGCGAAUUACAAUAUUCCCCUGGAGAUGAUUCACCUCGUUGGCCACUCACUGGGAGGACAAAUGUCUGGCCUGAUCGGACAAAACACGAAGGAAUUCUGCCAAAAGCCAGUUGAUCGCAUUACGGCGUUAGAUCCGGCAGGUCCCCUCUUCCUCGGUUUGCCAGAGUCGAAUCGGUUGGACUCCUCGGAUGCAAACUUCGUUCAGGUAAUCCACACGAACGGAGGCGUGUUCGGAUACUUGCUCAGCUGCGGCGACGUCGAUUUUUUCGUAAACUGCGGGCUCUUCCAGCCAGGCUGUAUCUCGAUCGACAUCAAGAAGUUACUGGACUCGCUUGUGUCAGAUGUCACCUGCAGCCAUUCGCGCAGCCAACAGUAUAUGGCCGAAAGUAUCUACGCUGAUAACUUCGUGGGGUACAGUUGUAAACUUUGCCCGGUAGCUUGUGUAUCCGAGGUUCAUAAACCGAAAACGACAAUGAUGGGAGAAUAUUCGCCAAGGAACGCGAAGGAUCGAUAUCUGGUAACCACGGCAUCUUCUCCUCCAUUUGCACAAAAGUGUAAUUCAUAUACUUAUGGCAUCUGUUUGUAGAAGUACAUUCGAUUCCCGGCUGAA